AUGCAUAGCCGGGCAUCGCAGAACCGGCUAUCUGGUUCGGCUUUUCACUCUCGAAUUUCAGCUCUCUUGCUGGCCAUGUUUUCCACCAUGGCCGCCAUUUAUGUUGCCGGCCGUCUGUGGCAGGAUGCUGCGGAUAGGGUUUAUUUGAUUCAGGAGCUUGAUAAAAGAAGUGGUCAGGGAGAAUCUGCCAUAUCUGUCGACGACACGCUUAAAAUUAUAGCUUGCAGGGAGCAACAGAAGCAGUUGUCCACUCUUGAGAUGCAACUAGCUGCAGCAAGACAGGAAGGUUUUGUUCCAAAGAGCUUGUCAAAAAAUGAGGGGGCUCAUUCUAAGAAGACGCUUCUAGCUGUUAUAGGAAUUUUUACAACAUUUGGCCGCAAGAAAAAUAGGGAUGCAAUUCGUAAGGCGUGGAUGCCUAGCGGUGCUGCAUUAAAGAAAUUGGCAGAUGAAAAGGGCAUUGUUGUGCGAUUUUUAAUUGGAAGGAGCCCAAAUCGUGGAGACAGUUUGGACAGGCAAAUAGACAGAGAAAAUGAGCAGACCAACGACUUCAUUGUUCUUGAUGGUCAAGUGGAGGCAUCUGAGGAGCGGCCAAAGAAGAUGAAGUCAUUCUAUAUUCAUGCAGUAGAAAAUUGGGAUGCUGAGUUUUAUGUUAAAGUCAAUGAUGAUGUUUAUGUUAAUAUUGAUGUCCUGGGAGCAACACUAACUGCAUAUUUGAAUAAGCCUCGUGUCUAUAUUGGGUGUAUGAAAUCAGGCGAAGUGUUCUCUGAGCCAACACACAAGUGGUAUGAACCAGACUGGUGGAAAUUUGGCAAUGCAAAAUCAUACUUUACCCAUGCUUCUGGUGAAUUUUAUGCCAUUUCUAGAGCAUUAGCUCAGUUUAUAUCCAUAAACAGGUCUAUUCUUCGUACAUAUGCUCAUGAUGAUGUUAGUGCUGGAUCAUGGUUUAUUGGACUUGAUGUGAAGCACAUUGAUGAACGCAAGUUUUGCUGCUCCUCCUGGUUGCCAGCAUUGCCUUCAAUGCCUUCUCUGACCCGGGAUUGGAGCUGUGUAGAGAUUUUUCUGCUGAAAGUUGAUUCAAGCAGCCUUAAAAGAAUGGAUGCUGAAAUAAGAGGUUAUAUGAGAACUUAUUUCUAUGCAUGUGCUGCCGAUCAGAAUUCUCUCAGAAGCUCCGGAUGCCGACAUCAUACGUUCCUCAUCAACGAUACCGGAAGUCAGGAGUCUUAA